GCAUGGAUGCAGGGGCUCAGUCAGAACUUCGGGCUGUUGUUAAGAUCCCUCCCCGGCCGCGCCGCGCGCCCGUCAGCUGCUCUCGCUCAUUCGAUCUCGCGCGCUGAAGAUGGCGGAGCAGCGCGAGCGGCGGAGGAUGCGCUCACAAAACAUCAAAGUUCUUUCUGUGGCGUUCAGUUGAUUCGGAUUUUCGCGACCGCUCUAAAAGUGGACAUUUCAAACGGAUGGACAGGCGGUCCUGCUAGUUGAGGUUCCUCUCAUGCCUUGUUUGUUUAAGCAGAUACAUGAAGCGACUGAAGGAAUGGGGCCAAAGUAACAACACUCAAAAGAACAAACAAAUCACAUGAUGCCUGCAGCUACCUACGUAUAGGGUUGAUAUAUGGACGAGAGGAGUAAGAUACAAAAAGAGACACACUGGAGCGGCGAUUCCGUCGCAGUCUAUGUGGGCCAUGGUGACCUAGAGUCAAUAGUCGUUUCCUGGCAGAACAACUUCAUUCCAGUUUAAUCCCUGCUGGUUCUCUUUUUUUCUUCUACCUCCCUACCAGAGUGAGGUGCCACCCUCUCUCUGUUCCUGCCAUCCACUUGGCCAAGAUAGCUAUGGCUGGAGUUAGGAAGUUGGCACGAGUAGUCAGGCACCAAGGUCUCCACCGCCUGAUCCUUGCACUCAUCCUCUUCUGUCUACUCUCCAUGGCCUACUUGGCUUAUCACGUAAGUGCUGGACCCAAGAUCAAGGAGGCCCCUGUGCCGUUACCACUGGGAGACUGUGUAGCUACAUCGGUAGUUGGUGGAGGAAAAAGGACUCCACUGUUCCUGCCAUCGCAGGUCAGUCAGCGGCGACACUCAGUGAGGACAGCAGACACCUCUCGGACGGAGCCUGUGGUGUUACUCUUUGUGGAAAGCAUCUACUCCCAACUCGGACAAGAGAUCAUUGCCAUUUUAGAGUCAAGCCGCUUUCUUUACCACACUGAAAUUGCACCGGGGAAGGGGGACAUGCCUUCUCUGGCUUGGCGAGGUCGAGGCAGAUACACGCUCAUUGUCUAUGAGAAUCUGCUCAAGUACGUCAACUUGGACUCAUGGAACCGCCAGUUACUGGACAAAUACUGCCAAGACUAUGGAGUGGGAAUCAUUGGCUUCUAUAGGGCAAAUGAAAACUCCCCAUCUAGCCCUCAGCUUAGAGGCUUCCCUCUGUUCUUGCGUUCAAACCUGCCACUUUGGGAUUACAGAGUCAACCCUGCUGCCCCCCUACUCUAUAUCACCAAACCUAAUGAGCUGGAACCUGGCCCUUUACCUGCAGACAACUGGACCACCUUCCUGUCCAACCACAGUACUUAUGAGCCUGUGCUGUUAGCUAGCCCCAGACCAGCAGAACCCAAUCAGCUCCCAACACACUCACACCAACAGAGAGCACUGCUGGCUACGGUUAUGCAGGACCUAGGCCUUCACGAUGGGAUCCAGCGGGUGUUCUUUGGAGGUAGCUUGUCUUUUUGGCUGCACAAGCUGCUGUUUGUGGAUGCCGUAGGUUAUUUAACUGGCAGAAGGCUCAGCCUCUCGUUGGACAGAUUUUUGCUUGUGGAUGUGGAUGACAUUUUUGUCGGGAAGGAGGGGACACGCAUGAAAGUGGCAGAUGUUGAGGCGCUGCUUCACACACAAAAUAAACUCCGUUCUCUGGUACCUAAUUUCACCUUCAACCUGGGAUUCUCUGGCAAGUUUUUUCAUACAGGUACAGAUGAAGAAGAUGAGGGUGAUGACACGCUGCUCAGACACCGGCAGGAGUUCUGGUGGUUUCCGCACAUGUGGAGUCACAUGCAGCCUCAUCUCUUCCACAACGUCAGCAUACUCGCAGAACAGAUGAGACUUAAUAGACAGUUUGCAUCGGAGCAUGGGAUCCCCACAGACAUGGGUUACGCUGUAGCCCCCCAUCACUCAGGUGUGUACCCAGUGCACAGUCAGCUUUAUGAGGCCUGGAAGAGCAUAUGGGGCAUCAAGGUAACCAGCACAGAAGAAUAUCCUCAUCUCAGGCCUGCACGCUACCGCAGGGGCUUCAUUCACAAUGGCAUACAGGUUCUUCCCCGGCAGACCUGUGGGCUUUUCACACAUACCAUCUUCUACAAAGAUUAUCCAGGAGGCCCUCAGGAACUAGAUAAGAGCAUCCGUGGAGGAGAGCUGUUCCUUACAGUUCUGCUCAAUCCGGUUAGUAUAUUCAUGACUCACCUGUCAAACUAUGGCAACGACCGACUGGGCCUGUACACCUUUGAGUCACUGGUGAGGUUUGUGCAGUGCUGGACUCACCUGCGCCUGCAGACACUGCCCCCCGUCCGCCUCGCUCAAAAAUACUUCCAGAUUUUCCCUGAUGAGAGAGACCCCUUGUGGCAGAACCCGUGUUAUGACAAGAGACACAAAGACAUCUGGUCCAAAGAGAAGACCUGUGACAGACUGCCCAAGUUUCUGGUGAUUGGUCCUCAAAAGACUGGAACUACUGCGAUGCACUCAUUUCUUGCCCUUCAUCCUGCAAUUACGAGCAGCUUCCCCAGCCCCGUCACCUUUGAGGAGGUGCAGUUCUUCAGCGGACCAAACUACCAGCGUGGCAUUGACUGGUAUAUGGAUUUUUUCCCCGUACCCUCAAACGUGAGCACAGACUUCCUGUUUGAAAAGAGCGCAAAUUACUUUGACACUGAAUUUGCCCCGAAAAGAGCAGCGGCCCUGUUACCAAGAGCCAAAAUCAUUUCUAUACUCAUCAACCCUGCUGACCGUGCGUAUUCCUGGUACCAGCAUCAGAUGGCUCAUCAGGACCCUGUGGCGCUAAACUAUACAUUUUAUGAGGUGAUCUCUGCUGGGCCUUCGUCCCCCGCAGCUCUGCUCUCUCUGCACCACCGCUGCCUGCAGCCGGGAGCCUACAGCAGCCAUCUGGAGCGCUGGUUACACCACUACCAACCCAGUCAGCUGCUGAUCGUGGAUGGUGUGCAGCUGCGCUCCAGUCCUGCUCAGGUGAUGGAUGGGAUUCAGAAGUUUCUUGGCGUCACACCGUACUACAACUACACACAGGCGCUGACGUUUGAUGAGAGUAAAGGUUUCUGGUGUCAGAAACUGGAGGCAGGACGUCGCUGUCUGGGAAAGAGCAAAGGAAGGAUAUAUCCAGAAAUGAGCCUGGAGUCGAGGGUGUUUCUGUCGGAGUAUUACCGCGAGCAGAACGUGGAGUUACUCAGGAUGUUGAAACGUCUGGGUCAGCCUCUGCCCAUCUGGCUCAGAGAUGAACUGCACAACGCCAGCUGGAGCUGAUCAGAACCUGCUUAAGGAGAACCACGGCAGAACCCUGCUCCACACUGGAGAACUCCGGGCCCGCGUGUGGCAGUAGCCAAAAGAGGACUGACCCCUCUCGCCCACCGUACUCCGCACAGGCUCUGAUGGACUGUGCAGGCCGAUCACACUGUCAGUCUGCAUGAAG